AUGUUGGAAACGAAACGAGCCGAAGCAAUCCCCAAGUUUCGUCUCGGCCUCGCAGGCGCGCCAGGUGCAGGGAAAUCUACAUUUAUCGAAUGCCUCGGAAAGUAUAUUCUGAAGUUGGCGGAAGACUCGGGUAACACAUCAUCGCAAACAAAAGAGACGAAGAAAUCUAAUUCUUGGAUUCCGGAUCAGUUGGCUGUCGUUUGCGUGGAUCCUAGUAGUACCGUAACGGGAGGUUCGAUUCUCGGUGACAAAACACGAAUGUUCGAGCUUAGUCGCCACCCCCGAUCCUUUGUUAGACCAGCCCCAGCAGCAGGAGCGCUCGGGGGUCUCGCGUCCUAUACGGACGAUGUUGUUUCGCUUUGUCAGACAGCCGGCUACGAGCUGGUUUUACUCGAGACGGUUGGUCUGGGCCAGUCCGAAGUCGAAGUCGCACAGAGUGUGGACAUGUUGCUGUUACUGAUCCCUCCAGGAGGCGGUGAUGAUUUACAGGGCGUCAAGAAAGGAAUAAUUGAAGUUGCGGAUAUGAUUAUUGUGACAAAGGCGGAUGGAAAUUUGCUCUCAACUGCAAAAAUGACGGCAGCAGAUUACAAAGGCGCGAUGCAGUUUGUGCAUGCCAAGGGUCGAUUGCAAGGUUGGGAGCAUCCUCCGGUACUUCUCGCCAGUGCCGUGACGGAAGAAGGCGUUUCCAACAUCUGGGAAUAUGUGUGCCGAUACCGACGGGAUAUGAUUGAUACAGGAAACCUGGAGGAAAAGAGACGAAAGCAAAGCCGCUACUGGAUGUGGAAAAACCUUCAAAAUCUGGUUCAAGAGAAAGCACGAAAAAGCUCCUCACUGAAUAGGUUCUCACGCGACCUGGAGGAAAAGCUGAAUUCUGGACGGAUGACGCCGCGUGUAGCAGCUGCAAGGCUUCUCGAUUGCAUAUCAGGCAACAAUAAUUAG